AUGGGCCGUGGCAUGUGCUUGAACCUCGUCAAGAAAGGUUGUCUAGACAAACCACUCCUCGUCUACAAUCGUACCCAGAAACGAUCUGAAGACUUUGUAGCCCAAGUCGGCUCGGACCAUGCCAAGAUGUGUACCUCAUUGCACGAGGGUGUCGGCUCCUGUGACAUUACUUUCUCUUGGUUGGGCUUAGACUCUGCUGUUGCGGAUAUCUACGAGUCCAUGGCCGAAGGAGGUGACAUCUGCGGGAAACUCUUUAUCGGGUGUUCAACUAUUUCCCCAGAAUUAAGAUUGCGAAACUGA